CUAUCAUCAUUUCAAAUCGAUCGCAGCUGGUAAGGAGUUCGGGAUGUGCAACUAUCGUGUCAAAUAUGACCACCAGUCUGUUUCUCUCCAACAUGGCACUUCGGGGAUCUCUAAAUAAGAGAAUGGAGAAAGAUACCAGUCAUUAAUGGUGUGCGUGAUAAAACUAUGUGUUAAUAAUGCAAUUCGAAUUCAACAUGUAUUGGAUAUAUUCACUCCGCAAAGUGUUCAGGUCUUGGUGGAUAAACUGACUAUUUAUUUUGGUUGCAUUUCGUGUUUGUUUUGUGGGGCUACGCUCUAAUGUCCAAAGGUGUACCCUUAGAACUUACAACCUGAUAAAUAAAGCACAAGUCGUAGAUGCCAGUGCUGUGGCUAAUACUGCUAUUCUUUCAGCAGCGUUCAGCAGUAAGACUGUGUAAACGACCCUGGCAGCACUUGGUCGUUUUGUUUGAUGGACUAGCAGGCUUUGGAGGUGUAUCGCAGAGGGCUGAAAUUGAAAUCAGUGAAGUGAACAAAAAGUGAUUCACAACAACAGUGUCACUUUUGGAAAGUAAAGUUAUUUUUGCACAAAUGUGGAUUGCUACAGUUUCAGUAAUACAGUUGUUCCCUAUCUCAAGGUUUAGGAUGUUUGUAGAAGUGCUGUGACCACCCAGGAUUCAAUUGAACAGGAGUCCUAGGAAGUUUUUUUUAAAGAGACUGCUGAAAUCGUAUGAAGACUUUGUUGUGGAAGAUGAUCCAGUCUUUUGUGCUGUUUUAAACAAAGAACCUCUGAAAAAAUGAAAGAAGCCAUAAGGUUACAUUAUAGCAAGGCUGAACAGAAAAGUAGCCAUGGUGAUUUCUUGUAGCAUGUCUGGCUUAUGGUGAAGAAUUUACUGAAGUAAACCUGUUCAGUUUAGAUGCUAUUCUGAAACAGACAGAAAGGGUUUGUUCUUCAGGAUGAAGUUUCACACCAGAACAGUACAGCUGUCCUACUGGCUCUUGCUGGUCUACAUGUUAGCGUUGUGCUGUAAGCUGAUGUCCGCUGCAAACCACUUUCCCAGAGGACAGACAGGCUACCACCAGGUCAAACAGGGGACUUGUGAAGUUGUUGCUAUACACCGGUGCUGUAAUAAAAACAAGAUCGAGGAGCGAUCCCAAACGGUCAAGUGCUCCUGCUUUCCAGGGCAGGUUGCAGGUACAACGAGAGCAAGGCCUUCAUGUGUAGAAGCCUCCAUAGUGCUGCAGAAGUGGUGGUGUCAAAUGCAUCCGUGUCAAGACGGUGAAGAGUGUAAAGUGCUUCCCGAUCUCACAGGGUGGUCCUGCAGCACUGGCAACAAGGUCAAGACAACGAAGGUGACACGGUAGCAAGAAAAGUCACGGAUCAUUCUUGUGUGAAACCCUGCACACGUUACCUUAGGUUCCAUGGAUAAACAGAACCAGCCUGUUUUGUCUGCAAAAAAAAAAAAAAAGAUGAUACAACUAGUAGGUCCUUUUGUAAAUGGGACAGAAGAAUUACUAUAAAUGACGGUAAUGAACAGUCACUCUUUGGUACUACAAUUGGAGAGAUGAAGAAAAAGAAGCUGAGAAAAUGGAUUCAAAAUAGCCCACAAGUUCAACUUUCCUAUCCAUGAAUUUUUUUGGAUGACAAUUUUAAUACUAAAGCAGUUACAUUGUGUAUGGAACAAAAUGCAAUGACUGGUAUAUUCAUAAAGCAUUUCAGAUGUAGGCUCAUCCUUGGAGUACCUUUAUAUCCUUCCUGUAAGAUUUUGGAUGAUAAUGUUGCACUGUGUAGAAUAGAAAUUUAACCCCAAAAAACUGAACUCGAAUCCCAGUAAAACUGACUGGUUUGAAUCUCAGUAUGCCACAAAGGUGUGUAGAAAUAAAUAAGGGAUCACACAUAUAUUUUGCAACAAAUUAUUCUUAAAUGGCUCAUGUGGGUCAAGUCCUACCAUGAAAUGUUUCCAGCAAAUCAUAUCCCAGUUGCAAUUAAAGUUACAAAUAGGAUCAUAAAACAACAUUAAACAUUCAUGUAAGAUAUUUGCACUAGUUGAAACUGUUUUCUGAAUUUUUCUUUUUAUUACUAGCUAUUCCAUGUCCUUUUGCUGUUAAUGUCGUUAUAUCAAAUUAAAGAACAUAUUUUAUAA